AUGUUAAUUAAAUAUCCAGACUGGAUUAAUGUUUGCCUUGGGAUUCAUCCUGUUCAGAAACAAGAAGGAACUCACAAUGGACAACGUAGUGUGAACAUGAAAGAUUUAAAACAUACUCGUGAUAUGAUCCUUCAACAUAAAUCUGAAAUUGUUGGCAUUGGAGAGAUUGGAUUAGAUUUUACACCGACAAUAUGUUCAACUAAUGAAUUACAAGAUUUACAAAAAAGUAUAUUCACUAUACAAAUUCAAUUGGCUAAACAAUUGAAUUUACCAGUAAAUGUUCAUUCACGUUCUGCUGGAAAAGAAACCAUUGACAUAUUAAAAUCUGAAGGUGUUACAAAAGUUCAACUACAUGCUUUCGAUGGUCGACCAUCCAUUGCAAUGAUUGGCUUAAGUGAAGGUUAUUACUUUUCAAUACCAUCUAGUUUACCAAGAAGUAAACAGGUAAAUAAUUCUGUAUAG